AGAAGCUGCAGCUGUCCGCCUUGAACACAUCCCCACCCUCAGCCUGUGAAGCCCCCCGGGCCCCUGCAGAGUCCUCCUCCUCCUCCGCCGCAGCAGCAGCAGCUCUCACCUGAGGAUUUCACAACAAACAGCAGCGCCUCUUCACGCACACGGAUCGACCUGCUGUUGUAUUUGAACAUCAGGCCGGGGGAGGACACUGACAGCAUGCAGGUGAUAACAUGCGCCCUGCUGACGCUCGCCUCUCUCCCCAUCAGCAGCAGCAGCGGCAGCAGCAGCGGGGGCGCUGAGUCUCCUGACUCCUGCCCGGCCGUGUGCGACUGCUCCGAGUGGAGGAGGACUCGCACCAUCUCCUGUGUUGACAUCGAUACUCUCCCGAGGUUUCCAGCCAGCACGGAGUCUCUAUGGCUUUUUGAGACCCAGCUACUGUUCUUAUCAGAAGAUGCUUUCUCCAAUAUGAUCAACAUCUCAAAAAUAUCRAUGUCUGUGGAUGUGAAGCUGCAGAGACUGGAGAGACACUCGUUUUACAACCUGAAGAAAAUCAUCCAUAUUGAGAUCCGAAACGCAAAAAGGCUCAAGUUUGUUGACCCAGAAGCCUUUAAACGCCUCCCAAACCUUGAGUACUUGGGGAUUUUCAACACUGGCUUGAUUUCGUUUCCUGCUCUGAGCAACAUCCACUCAAACAUCAUGAACUUCAUACUGGAAAUGGUUGAUCAUCCUUUCAUCACUGAGGUCCCUGCCAACUCGUUUAGCGGCAUCACGAGUGAAGUGUUGACAGUCUUGCUGUAUGGAAAUGGCUUCAAAGAAAUCCAACAUCACGCCUUUAAUGGUACAAAGUUAGAUCAAGUUGACCUUCACAGGAAUAAGUAUUUGACCAGGAUGGAUAACAAGGCAUUUGCAGGGACCAUCAGCGGCCCCAUGCUUCUAGAUAUAUCUCAAACAAGGAUCACAUCCCUACCCUCCACAGGCAUGGCCUUUCUGCGGGACCUGAUUGCACGGGAUACCUGGGCCCUCAAAAAACUGCCAGCCAUCAAGACAUUCAAGCACCUCGUCAAAGCCAAUCUCACCUACCCCAGCCACUGCUGUGGCUUCAAGAACCUAAAAAAGAAACGAGGCUUUCUGGAGUACAUCAUCUGUAACCUUACGUCUUUCAUUGAGCAGCACCACAAGCGCUCUGUUGGGCCCCUCCGCAUGCCAUCCCUUCACGGGGACAGUGUUAUGGAAACACCCCCAGACCAGGAGCAGAGCAGCGAAGGUACCAGAGAGUCGCAGCCUGACUGGAAAAGAGGAGACUUCCAGGGAAGCCUCCACUACCACGCCUACUUUGGAGGCCAGCAAGAUGAAGAAGUGGGUUUYGGAGAGACCCUCAAGAAUCCCGAGGAGGACAGCAGCCAAAAUUUUGACAGUCGUUACGAUUAUGUGGUGUGCGAGGAGGGCGAGGAGGUGGAAUGUUCUCCAGUGCCAGAUGAGUUCAAUCCCUGUGAGGACAUAAUGGGAUUUGGUUUCCUGCGGGUUUCUGUGUGGUUUGUGAGUUUAUUGGCGGUUAUUGGAAAYGUGGUGGUUCUCCUGGUGCUGCUCACCAGCCACUACAAGCUCUCCGUCUCGCGCUUCCUCAUGUGCCACCUGGCCUUUGCAGACCUAUGCAUGGGGAUUUAUCUGCUCCUCAUCGCCUCUGUGGACCUCCACACUCGCUCYGAGUACUUCAACCACGCCAUAGACUGGCAGACAGGACCUGGAUGUGGACUCGCUGGAUUUUUCACCGUCUUUGCCAGUGAACUGUCUGUUUACACCCUGACUGUGAUCACUCUAGAAAGGUGGUACGCCAUCACCUUUGCCAUGCGGCUGGAUCGCAAACUUCGGCUGCACCACGCAGCAGCCGUCAUGUUAGGUGGCUGGAUCGUUUGCCUCCUCCUGGCCCUGCUCCCACUGGUUGGAGUGAGCAGUUACCAGAAGGUCAGCAUCUGUCUUCCAAUGGACACCCAGUCCACAGCGGCUCAGGUCUACAUAUUACUGGUAUUAGUUCUGAACAUCCUGGCUUUUUUUGUUAUCUGCGCUUGCUACUUCAAGAUCUACUGCACAGUCCACAACCCUCACUACCGCUCAGGAUCCAAGGACACCAACAUUGCCAAGCGCAUGGCGGUCCUCAUCUUUACUGACUUCCUGUGCAUGGCUCCCAUUUCCUUUUACGCCAUGUCAGCUGUGCUAGAUCAACCCCUUAUCACUGUCUCUAACUCUAAGAUCUUAUUGGUGCUCUUUUACCCCCUCAAUUCCUGUGCCAACCCUUUUCUUUACGCCAUCUUCACCAAGGCCUUCAGGGGAGAUAUAUUCAUCCUUCUCAGCAAGAUUGGUCUUUGUCAGCAGCAAGCACAGCUGUUCAGAGGCCAGACCGUCUCAUCAAAGGACAGCAGCGGGACUUUCCAGGUCCGUAGAGACAAGAUUCGAAAAGGAGGAAGCAUCAGGCAAGAAGAAGUACCCAUCAACCUGAAGAGCUUUGCUGGACAAAACUACCACCAAACAAUCAACCAGAAGACAAUCACUGAGGAGAGCCAAAGCCUGAACACAUGAGACCUCGUUCAGGGAGCCAAAUCAGACAGGAUCUGGGUGGAACGACAAAGGUCUUGUGAUGUUUGAGGACAAAGCUGGAUAUUUAACAAAAAGCUCAAGUAUUUUGCUUUUGGACCGAAUUUCAAAWGUUCACCUGCAAAGAUGUUACAGUACUUGUUGGAAAAUAUCAAAUGUCACUGAACUGUAUYUUUAGCUUUUUUUAACAGAAAAGAAAACAAGAUUAACGUGUACAUUUUUAUACAAAAAUACAAUCUUUAAAAUGUAUUGCAGUUGUAAAUUGAGUGCAUUUAAAAUGAUACAAAAAUUACAACAAAAUGUGUUGAAGGAUGUUUCAGUACUUUGAAUCCAUCUUCAAUAGUUCUUUGAUCAACCUGGCUUAAUUUUUUUUAUGCUCACCGUUUAGGUUGAAGAGCUACAGCUAGCUGCUGCCGUUUCUGCUAGCAAAU